GUGGAACAGCCCGCGGUGGCGUCGCUGGUGGCGGAUUGUACGGAGGGUGGUGUUCAGGUUCUCCAUUAACGCGCCCCACAAGAUAUUUGUAAACCUUUCUGGUAUAUUCAUGUUAAAUUGAAUUGAUUUUUGUUUUAGAAAUCCUUUUUCUUUUUCUUUUUGUUCUUUGAUUGAUUUUUAGUGGUUUUUGCUCUGAUCCAAUUUCUUGGAAUUUCAUAUAAAUUGAAUUAGUUGAACAAAUUUCAGUUUUUAGAAUUUUAAAAUGAGAUAGAAAUUUAGUCCAGUGAAUGGAGCGGGCAGCUUGUGUGGUGCCCUAAACCAUUGACCGCGGUUUCGUGGGUUCGAGACAUCGCGGAGUCCAUCCAGGUCGAGAGAUGUCCGGCGGCGGAGAGGCGGCGGGGGUGCAAAAUGUGGUGGUGAUGCGGCACGGCGACCGGAUCGACCACCUGGAGCCGCUCUGGGUAGCGCAGGCGCAGCGUCCUUGGGAUCCGCCGCUAGCCGACGAGGGCCGAAUCCGGGCGUGGACCGCAGGGAAGCGGCUUCGUGAUUCCGGAUUUCCGAUCCAUCGCGUCGUCGUCUCCCCCUUCCUUCGCUGCUUGCAGACAGCCGCCGAGGUCGUCCGCGCCCUCUGCUGCGUGGUCGACGACCACCAGCUCCUGCUCUCCAUGGAGACGAGCCGCGAUGCCAUCCUCGAUCCCUCUCGUGUCAAGAUUUCAAUUGAGUAUGGAUUAUGUGAGAUGCUAAACACGACAGCACUAGGCCAUAACAUAGCUCCCGAAGAUGAGAAAUGGUUUCCCCAUAUCUCUGAGCUUGAAGCCUCAUUACCAGCAGGAACAAUCGAUCAUUCUGCAGAGAGUAUCUAUAAAGAGGUCUCUCUCUCCCGAUUCAGUUUGAUCAUCGUUUACCACAAUGUGUUUCUUCAUCUGUUUUGUUUCCUUCAGCUGCCUCAAUGGGAAGAAUCAGUUGCCGGAGCCAGGAACAGAUACGCAACCGUAAUCCAGUCUCUGGCCGACAGAUACCCCAACGAAAACUUGUUGUUAGUUUCACACGGUGAGGCUGUUGGUACUGCGGUCGCCUCGUACGUGGAGAAUACGAUGGUUUAUGAAGCUGAAUACUGCGCUCGUUGCCAUCUGCGAAGAAACACUUUGUCGAGCUUUGAGGUGCUCAACGAGAGUGGCCACAUGGGUGUAUUUUAUAGCAUUGCUCCCGAUUUCUCAUCUUGUUAGCUUAAAUCGUUUUAUUUGUUUGUAUAACAUUCCUUAUUCUUCAAUUGUUGGACAAUUGAUAUUAUAAAAUCAGCCUCAGUUUUUUAGUA